AUGGCAUCCGGAUCCCUACCUUAUAGACGGUAUAUCAAGAUACCGGGUCGUCUUAAUUAUGUGCCUGUUAAUGUGGUUGACCGAGAUGAGUAUCAUCAUGGGUUGUUUAUCCUGGUGGAGGCUACACUAGGUCCAGCUGCUGGCCCACUGCUGGGAGAUAAGGUUAUGUUUUACGUUAUUGGCCAUGGUCAUUAUGUUGGCGCAUGGAUUCCUGAUGGUUACAAAUCUACAUGGAAACUUACCGCAGAGACGGUUCCGGGUGGUGUGGGAAGAAUUCUUGAGGCAUCAAGACCUCCGCUGACUGCUGACGAUCUACUGUCCGAUCUGGUUAUACCUCCGCUAGAAGGAGUAUUGGAGAUGCCUGCAUCGACUGUGCUUAUGAACACUAGGGAUUCGAGCAUCCAGGCUACCGACAACGAGAGCGAGGAGGGUACCAAUACUAGAGGCCUUAACGCUCAAGUCAUGGAUGAUGAGGGUAACAAAGCGAUCGGGCCUACGGGCGGAGUGCAACCGCAAUUACUUACCCCAUCGUUUGGCGGCUUAGCAUCGUUCAGCGGUGCUGCGACUCCUCAGGGUGAUGCUCGCUCCUCCUCUACUGCAGUUGAGGCUGAGACAUUAACGAGAAUGGAUACACAUGGGCAACAAGCUGCUCUUCGAGACCCUACCGGUUUGUCUCUCGUAAGGAAUGAUGGUCUUCAAAGUCUUAACCACCAGCUGCAAGGCGGCACCUCUCCCUCCGCUCCCACGAUUUGGUUCCCCCAUGGUACGUCUCACAUAAACACCUAUCCGCCAGUAUAUCCGGUUGAUUCUUCACCUUCUACGCGAGAGCUGCCGCUUUCGAACGGUUCUGUAUAUGGAGUCAGUGGUCAGGGAGGUAUCUCUUACGUGCCUCAGAACAUGGGAUACCCUACCGCUGCAUACCCUACCUCUGCAUAUCCUACCGCUGCAUAUCCUAUCAUGGCGUAUAAUUCAGCUGGUACUCCUUCCACUAACGUGGCGGAUAUGUUUCCUAAUGUGCCGACUUCCACCUAUGCUGAUCCAUCCCAGAGCAACGUGCCCUCAGCUACCUUUCAUCCGAAUCCCUCGUUGGCGCUAUCGUCUGCGACUCAACGACCACCUCAUAUUGAUGUGCCGGUAUCACCAAUGGACCUACGACAUAUUCAACGCCAAGUGAAUGGGACCCCUAUAAUCGCUGGUGGUAUCUUCAAAGGGAAUCGAGAUGUGAGGCCCGUUAAUCUGGUUAAGCGUCGUAUAGAAGAAGCCGUUUCGAGUUAUGCUGGAGAUGCUGUCUUCUAUUACUAUUAUUUGAGAAGAACAGUAGAGGCUGAUGUUAUUGAGAACCUACUACUUCCUGUUCCGUCUGGGACACGAUCCUCCUAUGCUAUGAUAGUGAACCUUUUUUGGGCACGGUUGACUGUUGCGAUUGACCCGGAUGGCGAGACCUCUAAGAUUCUUGCUGCUUGGAAUGCUCUUACCAUGCAAGGUGAAGAGAGUUUUGUGGACUUUCUCGCCAAAUUUGAGAGUGCUCAGAGAGCACUCGCAGCUGUUGGUAAUCCUAUGACGCCUGAGUUGGCCAAGCAGGCUCUGCUCUCGAAGAUAACGCCUACCUUGCAGCAGUUUGCCAAGACUCAUCAGUUGGAUAACUACAGUCGUCUUAUAUGCAGGAUUACAUUAGAGGACCGAGAACGUCGUCAGCAACAACCACAUCGAUCUCGCUUGGCUGGCCGUAGCACUGCAUCUGAGGUGAGCGGCAUAGAGGAGACCACUGAAGUUGCUGCGAAUUCGAUUGCUGUGAACCAGCCCACUUGUCGAAGAUGUGGCAAGGCUAAUCAUCUUGCUAAGGAUUGCCACCAAAGAGAACCAGAGUUUAUGUCUAAACGAUGCAAGCGAUGUGGUCGACGACACUUGGUAUCGGCCUGUUCCUUACCAUCCGAUGUUCUCUGUACCCGCUGUCAUGGUAUUGGUCACACCUGCGUUAUUUGUCCUUAUCCUUGGAAGUCCGACUUCAACCAGUCCAAUGGUAAUAAUACGAAAGGUGCCUCCCGAGACGGAACCGUUGAGCAUGUGAAGCCGACGCCAUCAACGUCUGCAGCGUCUACUCCAUCGGGUCUCCAGCAGUUAGCUUAUAACUUCGAGGUGGAUGGUUCUGAAUCAUCGAAGAUCGGUGAUGUGCAUCACGACUGUCAAGAAAUUGGUAACUACCUCUCAACCACAAGUCCACAUCAAGUGUCGUUUUUAUUGUUUGAUAAAAAUGCGUCUCAGACGAAGGUGGUGAGUGGUCUUCUCGACACAGGGGCAGCGAAGAGCUGUCUCUCGAGGGCCUAUUUCGAGCAGCUGAAGGCCGAAGGUUAUGUACAUCAAGAAGUUCCAGUUACUAAUACUUAUAUCCGAGCUGCUAACAGUACUCGUACACCUAUUACUACAUCCGUGGUUUUGAAGUUGAGGUUUGUUACUCCGAUAUGCGAUGGUGCUAGAUCCCAACCACAACCCCUACCGUAUGUCUUUUACGUAUGUGAUGCUCUUUCUCGUCCUGUUAUAUUCUCUACUGACGUCUGCGGUCAAUCCGUGACGGGAGAAGCUACUCUCUGGCGUCUGGAAGGAGGCAGUAGCUCUCAGAUAGCUGGGGGACUACGUAUCUCGGCAGAGACCUUCCGGCAAUUGGUUAAGGUCUGUAGACUCGAUGGUGAGGCCGAUCUGUACAAGUUCCUCAAUGAGUACUCCUCGUCACGUGCUGAUAAUCAACAGAUUGACUCGUUCACUCCAUUCGCAACGUGCAUCACCAGUGAAGAUCAUGAUAGCUCCAAACCGUCCACUUAUGCUGAGGCUGAUCUAAAUGGGAAAGUGUCUUCGCCUCAAAGUGUACUACAAGCCCAGAUGGGUACUGGUGCGACAGUUGAUGACAGUUGUUUAGAAGUCCAAUGGCAUGAUCUAUGCAGUGAAGAUAUCUUGGAUUUUAACCUCUGCUGGCCAUCGCUCGAUCCGGUUACGAAUGAGACCAACAGCGGCGAUGCAACAUGGCCUCCUAUCGACUAUGAUCUAUGCACUGAAGACGACAUCACCUAUGCAACGACAAAGGCUGAUGGUCAGAAGAGAGGGUUCUAUACUCUACCGUGGAAAUCUGAAGCGCGCCCACAGCCCAAUGUUAUUACCGAGCUGCACAAGAACCGGAGUCUAUGUGUGAGGUUAGCGAAGAGAGGCGUACUUGCGGCUUACUCGGGCGUUAUUGAUGAUAUGCUUGCUAAAGGAUAUAUAUUCGAGGUGCCAAUAAGCACUCUCGUUCGGCAUAGAUGCCAUUGUAUUUAUCAUUUUCCGAUCCUCAAUGCAUCCUCUACGAGCCCCAUCCGACCUGUUUGGGAUUGUCGGAAUAUCAACCGCUACCUCAACGCGUCCCCUACCUCUCCUUCGCAUUGCAGUACCCUAAGUCACCUGCUUCGGUUCCGAAGGUAUCGUUGGGUGUUCGUCACCGAUCAGACCCAGGCGUUCUUACAACUUGUACUGCACUAUGAUGUGAGGAGGUUCGUCUGUUUCAUCCAUAAUGAUCGGGCGUUUGUGGUGGCUAGGGUUUUCUUCGGUCUCUCUUGUGCACCAUUCUGCUUACAAGACACGGUGGAGAGGCAGCUUCGGCCUGUCGUCGAGUCGCUUGAUGGUCAAGAGGCUAUCAGCGAUAACCAUCAAAAGGAUUUACCGCUGAGAUCAACACCUCUGAUCGAGGAUUGUGAUAGCAAGAAGGAGGGUGAGUUCGGCGAUGUAGGUGCUUACAUGGAUGACGUCGUUGGUGGCUCUGAUGAUCGUGACACUAGAGAUCGCCUCCUCCACGACACCGCAUCUGCCUUACGAGCAAAGGGGCUGCAAGAUAAUGUGGCAAAGCGCAUUAUCAACUUUUUAGUUGGUGAUGAUUCUACACGUAUUACCCCUAUUAGUACUUCCACGAAGAAGGUCCUGGGUUAUCUCUAUGAUGUUGGUGCAGAUUGUAUCAUGGCAGCCUCUCUCACGAAGCUGGUUACUGCGUACCAGAAUGGUGUACCUAAUAACCGUAAACAACUGAGGUCAACUGUGGCGAAGUUCUAUGACCCUCUUGGAUUGCUCUUAGAGUUGUCUAUGGGUAUUAAGCUGAUUCUCAACACUAUAGACGAUAUUCCUGAUAUUCCCGACUCUCUCCCCUUCGACGAUUAUCCUCGUGAUUGUAGUUCUCCCAAGGAUAUUCAUCAGUGGUUCACAACUGUGAGUAGCCAGGUUCCGGUACCUCGACACAUAUGCUCUCUUAAUGGUGAAGGUACCUUAUGUGUUUACACUGAUGCUACUCUUAGAGCAUGGGCAUGUGUAUGUGAGGUCGGCGAGAAUGGAGAGCGUAUUUAUGCUAGAGGUGGAAUCUUUGGUAAAGCGGUAUCACCGACCACCUUCAAGGCUCCCCGAGCAGAGCUCUGUGCUGUUCUCCAAGGCCUUCAAACCGUUCAGCUCCUACACUCUCAGUUUCGCCCUUUUGCUAACGUUGUCAUUCUUACCGAUAGCCGUCUCAAUUACCAUCGUUUGACACGGAAGACUCCUAAGAAGGAAUGGACCCCAUGGGAAGUUGCUCGGCUACGUAAAGUUCUGGUAUUCUACAACCUGCUAACUAAGGCUGGCUCCCACGUUUGGAUGGCCCACUGUCCGGGCGCUAUUAACCCAGCAGAUCAUCCAUCUCGGGGACGACUACCGCCACCUAGGCAAGAUCACUCUUACUAUGUUAGACAACAUCUCUUUCGUGGUGCUGUUCUACGAGCUGUUCAUACGGAUGGUGUGUCGGACCAUCCUGAUGUUCAUCUCAAGUCUAUCUCACUCCAAAUUCCAGACGACUUCAGUUCUUCUACGAGACCGAAGGCCGUGCCUACAAAUAGGGCCUAUAAUCAACGAGCCCAAGACGACGACGAUGACGACUACUUCUCCUAUGAUAUCGAUGAUGUUAUAGCGGGAGUGCAACAGUUCGCCCUGUUUGUCGUUGAUGCUCAAGGGAGUAGUGUGGAAGAAGUACUACGAGGAGAUCAUCUACGAGCUCACCAGCUAUAUCAAUACUCUCUGUUAUCUAAGGUCUUUAGUGGUUGGCAACUGAAUUCCUUGGAUGCUAUCACUCUUCGCACCCCUGCUCGGGAUGUGUUAGAGAUCUUAACGAAGAAGGCGCAAGCUACCGACCCCGAGACCAUUGAGCUUGUUCGUAAGCUUCGAAGACCUACCGACUAUAAUGCUCCUCUUCCCCGACAUUACCACCAAUAUCUGGGCCUUGAAGACUGGUCUGACGAGAACGGUGACUCUCAAAUCCUUGUUCGACGGAGUAGAUAUGAUGGUGAUCAACUUCUACAGCAGUGCAUAGUUCCUGCUAGUGAACACCUUCUCCAACGACUUAUAACCAUCCGCUAUCACUGCAAGUAUGGUCAUGUCGGGAGGGUCCGUACCCGCAAUAAUAUUUCACGCCGCUUCUUCUGGAGAAAGUUGGGUGCUACCGUUAGUAGAACGCUGAGAACAUGCACUACUUGUGUCACGCUGCGAGAUCAGCGGCGUUUUCAACCUACCGGUGGAUCUAAGAAGGUAUCCGAGUUGGACAUUUGGCAGUACUGUGCUGUCGAUGGCCUUGGUCCGUUGAGGGUUAAUGAGGAUCUGAUCGAGAAUGAUGAUAGUGAUCCGAGAAAGCGGCUGGCUACUAUCAGAUUGAUUGUUAUAAGCGAUUUGGUUUCUGGGUUCUGCGAUGCAGAAUAUACGUGUUCCUUUGAUAAGGAGGACACGUUAUACUCUGUAUCUACGAUACUAUGGCGCCGUGGAUGGCGUACAUAUCUACUCGCUGACAACCAUAAAAGCUUCACCAACAAGGAUUUUAGGAAAGCUAUUUUACAGCAUGGCUCUCGACUACUGUUCAGUGGUAUGAACAAUCCGGCUAUGAAUGGGGCCACUGAGAGGAGUCACUCGAUACUACUCUAUACUUUGAAGUGUCUACUCAGGGGACGGAAGCCCGACUUGAUGACAUUCAAGCUUAUCCUACAGAAGGCUCUGUUCUUGGUAAACGUACGUCGACGUUUGGAUGCUUGCUGUUCACCAUUCUAUCUUCUUCAUUCCCGCGAACCCCGCAUACCUGGCCUGCCCCAGCCUACUGAGGAUGACGAUGAGCAGAAUAUGAGUGGUGUUAGUUGCACCAAUGCCGACGCUCUGGAUGGUCAACCAGUUGAGGUUACCAAGGCUGCUCGACGACAACAACUGCGGUUGACUAAGCUCCGAGACGUUAUCCAGGCCUAUGAGAAGAAUCGUGAGGCGAAGCGAUUGAGUGGAAGAGGCUCCCCCCAUGCAUCGAGAUCUCCCUUCAGACCGGGAGAUCAGGUGUUCGUUUUCACUCGAAAAUCCUCUAAGAUGGCCAAUAGCUAUCGUGGGCCCUAUCAAGUUCAGGCUGCAACGACUCAUACCCUCGUCGUUAAGACGUCUAGAGGUUAUGAAGUUCACUCAGUUAACAACUGCAAAUUAUGCUCUACUGUUGACGAACAGAACCGACCAUUUGUUCGAUUAUUCGAUGAUGUUGACGACGACGAUGUGGAAGGUUUUAUGAAGAAGACUAUACUGCUGAAGAGGCAAGAAGCUGCUCGAUGUCCUGCUACUACAUCACCUAUUGCUCAAGAUGGCCCGUCUUCUCACUCCCUACCCCCGCCGAAGUCGUCUUCAGGUCCGUCUUCAGGUUCUGGUCCAGUAACCAGAAGUCAGACUGGUACUGUUCCUAAGAAAAUAUUGAUGAGAAAUGUGUAUGCUUCGUGA